AUGCACAAGCCCAUGGAGAAGUCCCAAAACUUCCGCAUCGAGGCUCUCCUGGCUGAAGAGCCGGCGCGGGGCGCCUCCCCGCCGAGGCUGAGCCCCGGGAGCCCCGCGGGGAGCCCUGGCCCCGCCGGGCGCACCGACACCCCCUCUCCGCGGGCGCCCCGGGGAGCCGCACCGCUGGCCCCGGCCGGCUUCGUCCCCAAGCCCGGCUUGCUGCACCUGCCCGGCCCUGGACUCAGCUCCCUGCCAGCCCUCUACCCGCCCGCCGUGUACCCGCUCCCGGCCCUGGGGGGGCAGCACCCUGCUUUCGCCUACACCGGCUUCCCCCACCUGCCGCCCGGCUCGGAGCACCUGAAGGCGGCUGUGGCCGGCUCUUUCCCGCUGGAGCACUGGAUCCGAGCCGGGAUGCUGGUGCCGAGGCUCUCCGACUUCCACGCCGCCCCGCAGUCCGGAUUGAUGGGGAAAUGCCGCCGGCCCCGUACGGCCUUCACCAGCCAGCAGCUCCUGGAGCUGGAGAACCAGUUCAAGCUCAACAAGUACCUGUCCAGGCCCAAGCGCUUUGAGGUGGCCACGUCGCUGAUGCUGACGGAGACGCAGGUGAAGAUCUGGUUCCAGAACCGCCGCAUGAAGUGGAAGCGGAGCCGCAAAGCCAAGGAGCAGGUGGCCCAGGCGGAGGCCGAGAAGCAGCGAGGGCUCAGCAAAGCCUGCGAGAAGCUGCUGCCCGGCGAGCCGCGGGGACAGGCGGGCGAAGGCCCCGAGUUCAUGGGGCGCAGCGCCGGCUCUGGCUUCCUGCACCACAGCACCGCCGAGCUGGGCUACGGCCCGGACUCCUCCUGCUCGGGCGGUGAGGAGGAUGAGGAAGAGGAGGAGGAGGAGAUGGGCGCCACGGAGAGGAAGAUCGGCUCUGUGUUGUGAAAGGCGGCCGGAGCCUGACCGGGAAGUGGGGCCGGGCUGAGGCGUCGGGAGCCUCUUUGCUGGCAGACAUGGACUGU